AUGUCGAGGUUCAGCAGGGCCCCAGGGCCCCAGAACACGAGCAUCCUCAACACCCUGCGUGCCACCGAGAUGAUCGACACCAAGGCCGCCCUCCCCGCCGAGAUCCUCGUCACCAUCCUCGACUACCUGCCCGUCUCCGACCUCAUGCGCUUCGCCCGCGCCUCCAGCCGCAUGCGCGAGAUGGUCUACGACGACACGAGAUGGGUCGCACGCCUCAAGAGCAUGGGUCUGUGGAACGAGCUCGAGGCCCGCCGCCGCUUCGACGAUGCCGUGCGCCGGAGGAAGGAGGCCCAGGAGAGGGAGGCCAAGGAACGCGCCGCCGCCGCCGGAGCCAACAGCCAAGGCGCUGCCGAUGCCGGGCGACAGAUAGGUGCCGCGAAGAGGCAGUCCACAACCGUGUUUUUCGACGCUUCCAUCGAGCAGGAGAGGAGGGCGAGGAGGAGUAGCACUCUUGCUCAAGCAUCCGCCCCAGCUAGUGGCGUGCCGGAACUGCGUGAUGGCUUCGAGACCUUGGCCGUAACCGGAACUUCGCAGCCUCCUAGGCAGCCUCUUUCGGAUCCGCUUCAGGACCCCGAUGACUAUUUACAAGUGCUCCAGAACGUCAAGAGCGUGCGAGGCCAUGCGAGAGAGGAGUAUGGCAAAGUCUACGGUGCACUGGGACCUUUCUACUUCGACCUGGUUCGAGCCAAGAGCCAUGCAGACCCGGCCCUUUUCAAGGCGUUCAGGGAUCCCGAGCGCCAGGCGCAGAUGUUGGCAAAUCUACACGUCUUCUCCAAGAGUGACUGGGCUUCGGGCUGGGCUCAGCGCGAGGAAAAGCUUACCCGCAUGACCAACAUCUUCGAGAGCGCCGUGCUCAGGGAAUUCGAGCAGGGUUACGAGUUCUGGGACGUCGAGGGCCGCAUGAGGCGGUAUGCACAUGUCCUGGACAUGUUGAAGAGCACGGCCGGUGUCGACCUCUUCAUCCACAAGCACCCCAUCUUCUCGGACAGAGAAGUCCUUGCCAAUCCGAUGGACUGCAUCAACAAGGCGCCUGCGGAUGGGAUAACACUGGGGCCGUCACAACUCUUCUUCGAGAUCCUGACAGGCAAGCUACAUGAGCAGGCCCUGGUCGUGGAGAAGAUAUUUCCAAAUCCAGGUAAAGUGUUCUGGGCGCUCGUGGACAAGGUCAGGGAGGACACCAUCAUGGACUAUGCAACCUCGCUGUUCGACGAGGCCCGGGAGCGCAACAUCGAAUCCUACCUCAGGGCGGUGUCUGGCAUAUUCGAGCAGUGCUUGCAAUCCCUCAGAUCCCUCGAAGUACCACAGAUAUCGGCCGAGGAAAGCGAGGAGAAGUCGAAAGAGCAAGCGUACAGGGUCGUAGAGCCACACCUGGAUUUGUAUCUGCAGGACGAGCUCGAGUUCUUUCAAAAGAAGGCCGAGGAGGAGGUUGGGAAUUGGGAAAGGAAACUAUCGGAGCAGGACGCAACAGUCGAGUCGUUCUACAUGUCGAAUUUCACCAAGCCCGUGGAUAAGAAGGACUUCCUGAGCUCCUUCAAAAAGACCAUCAUGAUGCCCGUCACGGUGUUGCCCGGACAGCUGCUCACGUCUCCUUUUGGUUCUACCACGACCAAAUCCACACCGGCCUCGAACUCCAACGGCACGUCACUGGCUCCUCAGGCCUCGGCAUCACAGGCAUCCGGUGCAGGCGUACCGGACAGGACAACCAGCCCCCUUCCGGAAAAGGCACCCACAGACGAGCUCGCAGCAAAGGCUGCGCUUAUGGCCUCGCGAUUAGAAGGAAUCAAGUCUCUGUUCAGUAUCGAGGUGGCGCUGAACCUCGUCCACAUGGCCAAGACGAGCCUGGGGCGUGCCGCCGUGCUGAUCCAGCUCGGCGGACAGGCCGGCGAAGAAGCGCGAGAGCAAUGUGCACAGAUUUUCGUCAGCCUUCUCCGUAUCCUGGGCUACAGACACAUCAAGCCCGGUUUCGACAAGGCCGUGGACCACCUUGCGGGUUACAAGGCACGCGAGGUGACAGACCACGGUAGCCAGGGUGGGGUCGCGCCUCUGGUGACAUUUAUUGAGCUGGUCAAUGUGGGCGACCUGAUCUCGCAGAUGAUCGACGUCUUCUACGAGCAGCAGCUGUUGGCCUCCCCACGGAUCGCGGACCGAAACGACUUUCUGGACCAGAGCGGCUUGGCCAAGAAGAAAUUCGAGCAAAUGCUGGACGAGAGCGUGGCAGCGGGGUUGAACAAGGGCAUCGACGUGCUCAUGGAUGAGGUCGAGUACAUCUGCGCCACGACGCAGCUGCCGACGGACUACAACCCGGUGGGACCCGAGCCCGCGGGCCCCGGCGCUGCCGGAAGCAACGGCCUCGGCGCGCAGGACAAGCGGUCCAGCGCGGCGAGCUUCGCGUCCUUUGGCAGCAGCAGCACCACGCAGGGGCAGAGGCACUCGGCGGCCGUCGCGGACCUGUCCCCGACGCAGACGGCGCGUCGCGUGGUGGACCUGGUCAGCUCGCACACGCGCAUGCUCGUCGGCAGCACGGAGAAGACGAUGCUGGAGGUGUUCAACGGCGAGGUGGGGCUGCGGCUCUUCACGGCCGUGUGCAAGCACAUCAAGCGGCAGCGCGUGUCCACCGAGGGCGCCACGCGGCUCAUCGCCGACUGCACCCUGUACUUUGAGUACAUCCAGACGUUGCGCAACCAGGACCUACUCGCCUACUUCCGCGCGCUGCGGGAGCUGAGCCAGAUCUACCUCAUCGACCCGCGGCACUCCAAGGAGAUGGCGACCAUCAUCGCCGACGGCGACCGCUUCGGCGGCGUCUUCCGCGCGGAGGAGGUAUAUGAGUUUGCGGAGCGGAGGGCGGACUGGUACCAGGUCAAGAGGGAUGUCGAGAGGGCCAUGUACGGGAUGGAAUGUUGUCUAAUGUGA